AUGUCUUUAAGGUUGAUGCGAAUCUUCGGGUUCGUUAGGAAUUUACUAGGCGUGGAGAACGAUUCAAACAAGGUUUUUUCUUUUUCAUAUCCUUUCACAUAAAGAGGCUGGGAAGCAACUAAAAGUAUUCGAGAGGAUUCAAAAAGGAUUAGGCUAUGAAAAGGGAGCUCAAAAUCUUUUUCACAUCGUUUAGGAGCUUUUAGAGGAACCUUUUACGUUCCUUUUGAGGACCCUCGAAGAAACUUUUGCAUUUUAGCUAUGAACGUUGUUUUCAAAUUAGAGAGUAGAUUUCGUGAUGUGUAAACUUGCAAAGUGUUUCGAGAUUUUUCUUUCUCAAGUUUGUUCGAAUAUUCUAAUCAAUGUUCUAGAUGCAAUGCGAAGAUGUUCUGCCGCCGGACAUUUGGCGGGAGAUUCUGCUUCGAACCGAGGAAGAAACUCUGAGAAGCGCAGUCAAGGUAUUUUGGUUUCAUUUUAUUCUUAUUGUUUCUUUUUUUUCUCAUUAAUAGGAUCUGAAAGUUUUCCGGUUCCACGAAGUUGAGUAGUUUUCACGUUUAUCCAUUGGCAAGUGUGAUUUUGAAACGUGCAGGCAAUCUAUUUCAGCUUCGGAAAAAUGAAAAGCUUUCCUAGAAGUUUCGAAGAGAAAAAGAAUAAAAGCGAUAUUUUUCAGGUCUGCCGAACGUUUCGCGAAAUUCUCUCCGAUGACAGUUUCUGGGUGAGACGCUCGAAGUUUAACGGUCGAACUUUUUCUCUGCCGCCAGUCUCUUGGCGCCACGCUUUCCAAUCUGGCCAAGUUGAUUUUCCGGAAAACGUUGAGCCGACCGGAUUCUUCUUCGAUACCGCCAGAAUCUACAUGUCGGGGAAAGGAUUCGGGACGCAUUUGGCUUUGAAUCUCCGUGAAGGCUCGACUUUGGAACAGCUCCAAAGAGAAUACGACAUCCGUUUCAGUCAAGGAGGCAACGGGUUGGUGAUCUUCAUUCAUAGAAGCCUUUUGGGGCAUUUUAUACCCCGCAAAUGUGGGGCCUUAGGAUUUCUCUAAAGUUUAAUGCUUUUAAGAAAUACUGCUGGAAAUUUGAACGCAGAUUUCUUAAAAGUUUUUUACUGGGUUCAGUGGAGCUAAAAUAGGAAAUUAUUUGCAAUGAAAAAAACUUUUGCCUCAUUUAACCGAAACUGAAAUUUUUUUAUUUAAAAAAAAACUUUUUUUCGCAGUUUUGCGAUUGAAACUCCGCCGCACGGUUGCGUCAACGAUCAUCCGGACGUCGAGACUUGCUUCGCCACGACUUUCAACUAUUGUCACUACAAUUUACGAGUCGAUCUGACCAAAUGGGGCAUCGAGGUUGCCAUUUUUGAAUUUUCAAGAACCAUUUGAUAUUCAGGAGUGGGUACUUGACUAUAUCAGGCCGACAAUCAGAAUCACCGAACUGGUGGCGCCUCGAAACGACUGCGGCUGCAGUUAUGAGAUUUACGCGAGGCUUUCGGAAGAAAAUCGCGCUCAUUUUGGAUCCGUAAAUUAUCUCGAUCCACAGUUUCACUCGUACUGCAAGUUGGAGAAGCGGGAGUGGCCGCAGUGGAGCGGUUGGUUUUGAAGGAAAUAUUGGAAUGAUCACUAGACUUUUUUUUAUUUUGAAACCAUCCGACCUGAUUUUAAAUUAAAAGAGCUUGAUAAAAUCCAAUUCUUGGGUUUCAAUUUGUAGAAGCUGGUUCUUUUUUUUUAAAGAUCUGUCUCGAAAGCAAUAGAGAUAACAAAUGAUCCUUAUGGUGUAAUGAGAUUAUAAUUGUACAGAAUAGUAUAGAAUAUUCUCGAAUAAACUAAGCCAAAGCUCAACUCAUUCAGAAUUUCAUCUUCCGAUUUUGAAGUAGUUUAGUUUUGAUAAGUUGAUAGGGCACCAAAAAAUAUGCAGAACUUUGCUUUGAGGGCCAGUUUCUUUCAAAAUUUUAAGCGAAAGUAAAUCUUCAAUUACUGAGCUGCAUGCGUGCGAUGACCCUGUUAAGCGUCGGUCGCCCCCGAGAAAAAAAUAAGAACAUAUAUUAGUGUCAAAAAAAUGUUUUUACGAAAGAUAUGCGAGAAGUUAAAAAAGAAAGAAUUUGAAAAAAAGUUAAAUUUCAAAGCGGGGCACCGCCGACAACAUGGUUUUAUUGAAUAAAUAUAGGAAGGACUAUAUUUGAAUUUUCUAAUGUUGAUUUUUGAAAUCAGCGUGGUCGGUUUAGUCUAGAUUCAUCUUUGACAGUCUUUCAGGACGUCGCUAACGCGCUCGGUCGUUUUAGAAGUACUGAGGCGCGCCGUCAAACGCCGGUGGUCGCCGAUGCCGAGCGCGUGAGCGACGUCCUGAAAGACUGUCAAAGAUGAAUCUAGAUUAAACCGACCACGCUGAUUUCAAAAAUCAACAUUAAAAAUUUCAAAAAUGAGUCUUUCCUAUAUUUAUUCAAUAAAAACCAUGUUGUCGGCGGUGCCCCGCAUUGAAGUUUCCUUUUUUUUUCUAAUUCUAAUUUUUUUUUUUCUAGCUCCUCGCAUGAAGUUACGUAUUACUAGGCAGCGAAAAACGAGAAAAAGCUGGAAAAGCGGUUUUUCAAUUUAUCCCUUUCCUGAACGCUGCUAAAAAAAUUUUUUUUUGGGGGUCGCCCCCUCCCCCGGAUCUUGCUAUACAGUGGUCCCCCUCCCUCAUCUCGGUGGAUCUCCGACAUGACUUUCGCACGUAUGACUGAGCUCGAAAUGUCACUUCAAUAAUAUUGUAUUUUUUUGAGAAACUUCUAUUAUAUUUUUUUGUGCAGUUCUAUAAUUCAAGAAACAGGAGUUUCAAUGAGCUCAUUUUAAGUAAUCCGCUGAGGCCUGUGACUGAUAUCAAGCGAUUUGCGAAAUUAAUGUUCCCGAUGAUCAUCACGCAUGCAGGGUUCAAAAUAAUUUUGACGAAUUUGAAAUCACCGAGAAAAAAGUGGAAAAGAUAACGAAAAGUUUCGGAAAGUCAUACAUCAUUUCAAAUUUUGCCGACAUUGAACGUGGCGUUAAGAUCUUUUCCUUAAACAUUUUUUCCAGAGUUAUAAAGAGAAUUCUCUGAUUGUUUUUCAGGCUGUGGCUGGGAAGAGGUGGCGCUGGAAAUCUCUGAAUAUCCGAUUGGAAUGCGAUUUUUGAGCAUCACUUCUGGCGGAAAAGAUUCUCAGUUUUGGAGUGGUCACUACGGUCCGAAGAUGGCGCGGCUUAAAAUCGAGAUCGUCCUGCCGUCGGAAGGGCCUCGACUCCUUUCUCCUGAACUUUGGGCAGAUAAUCAGGAGCCCCACUUCCUUGCCGAUGAACCGUUCAUUCGAAACUUCAACCCAGAACAUCGGAGACUUCAUCAGACCUUGAGACGGUUCCAUAGAGGAGGUCACUAA